CUUCAUUCUUCCUAAAUAGCCCUACGAAGUUUCUACACAAAUCUGGAAAACAUGUUUUCCUUCACUUUUUAGGCAGGAUCAGGCCCACUGCAUGCAAUCCUGAACGGCUCGCCUCUUCGCCGACCCAGGAGUAGCAGGCACCGUUGCAUGAGAACAGACUGCAUGCUGAAAACGACUCUGAAGGCACGUUCAACUUGGCUGCCAAGCGACUGCGUCUGUUUCCUCUUGGUUUCCAGUGCCGGGCCUAUACAAUAAUGAUGAGAACCAGAACGUGAGAUUUCUAGCACGUUGCCAGCCAUGGAGGAGCCUCUUGUUGGGGGCAAGAGCGACAGUGAGGAGACAGGAGGGCCAAAGGAGAGCUUGGUGGUGAUUGAGGUGAAGAAGCAGCUGUACCUCGCCGGGCCCCUCAUCGCCGGAUGCCUGCUGCAGAACGUCGUGCAGAUGAUAUCGGUCAUGUUUGUCGGCCAUCUCGGCGAGCUCGCCCUCUCGAGUGCCUCCAUCGCCACCUCCUUCGCCAAUGUCACCGGCUUCAGCUUGAUGUCUGGCAUGGCGAGCAGCUUGGACACACUGUGUGGGCAAGCCUUCGGGGCAAAGCGGUACCAUCUGCUCGGCAUCUACAAGCAGAGGGCCAUCCUUGUGCUCACUCUGGUGGGCGUUGUGGUUGCGGUGCUCUGGGCGUACACCGGGCAGAUCCUCCUGCUCUUCGGCCAGGACCCGGAGAUUGCCAUGGGGGCAGGGAGCUACAUCCGGUGGAUGAUUCCGGCACUGUUCGCUUACGGACUGCUGCAGUGCCACGUCCGGUUCCUCCAGACGCAAAGCAUCGUAGUCCCGGUGAUGGCGAGCGCAGGUCUCACGGCGCUGAGCCACGUGCUUGUGUGCUGGUUGCUGGUAUACAAGCUUGGGCUGGGCAACAAGGGCGCUGCUCUGGCCAAUGCUGUCUCGUACCUGGCCAAUGUGUCAAUCUUGGCUCUCUACAUCAGAGUCUCUCCAUCCUGCAAGAGCACCUGGACAGGGCUCUCAAAGGAGGCGUUUCACGACAUCGUCAGCUUCAUGAAGCUUGCCCUGCCAUCUGCGCUCAUGGUUUGCCUAGAGUGGUGGUCGUUUGAGCUUCUGGUACUUCUCUCCGGACUUCUGGCAAAUCCUAAGCUUGAGGCAUCGGUGUUGUCUAUUUGCUUAAACACGGCUUCAUUAACAACUCAGCCUCCGUACAGUCUUUGCGGCAAUGAAUUUCAUCGUGUAUCUUGCCAUUGUAGCACCCGUGUUUCAAACGAGCUUGGUGCUGGGCGACCUGAAGCUGCCCGUCUGGCUACUCGUGUGACCAUGGUUCUGGGUCUCGUGACAGGUGUGUCGUUAGGACUUAUUAUAGUCUCGGUGCGCAAUCUAUGGGGGUAUGCGUACAGCAACGAGAAGGAGGUGGUGGAGUACAUUGCAAGAAUGAUGCCGCUUCUUUCCGUGUCGAUCAUUUUCGACGAUAUGCAAUGUGUUCUUUCAGGUGUUGUUAGGGGCUGUGGCCUGCAAAGGAUUGGAGCUUGUGUCAAUCUCAGCGCAUACUACCUUAUCGGCAUCCCGGCAGCGCUAUGCUUUGCCUUUGUCUUCCAUCUUGGCGGAAUGGGGCUGUGGUUCGGAAUAAUCUGCGGAUUGAUCGUGCAGAUGCUGCUUCUGCUGGCCAUCACCGUGCGCACCAACUGGGACAAAGAGGCUCUCAAGGCGAAGAACAUGAAGAUGGAACAAGAUGCACAAUUGCUCUUGGCCAGGACCAGGGCGCUGACUGGGCAAAGGAGACAAGGAACUCGUGAGGAAAUUAAUUGGUCAUCGCUUAGUCUCCAUGUCACCAGCAUGGCGCUUCCUCCAAGGAAACGUCGCCCGAUGAAUGAUCUGUUUCAGUGAUUUUUUGUCGAAGACGUGAGAUAGAAUUAUAGAAAUAGAAUGGAUGUUUUCACAGGCAAAGGCAUGGCACUCAGUCGAUACGUGUAAGGAAAUAAAGCAAUAAAGUAAAAAUGUUGUGUUUACUAGAAAA